AUGUGGAGUGGGACGAAGCUGACUGCAAACACCACCAACACAAUGAUGAUGAGCUUGAUGGACUUCUGGCGUGAGACGGCGCCCUGCUGGAUGGAAGAUAAUCCACGUCUUGGCCGGCACAAACUCCUGCUAGACAUAAUUUUUGUUUAUGUUUUCCUGUUUAGGUUUCUUGGAUGUAAGGCCUCAUUCAGAAGUCCCACAUGGAUUCGGUCAACAGCAGCAUCAGUUCACUCAACAAACCAGAACUUCACACGUCGAUCUUCAACUCCCUGCCACCCCAUCAAGGCGCUGACUCUGGUCAAGUCCCGUCAAGCCCACCUGGUGUGUUGCUUGGUGUGGUGUGCCGUGACGGUGUGCCUGGUGCCCAACCUCAUCUUUGUCACCACAUCCAGGAGGGACAAUGACACUCUGUGCCAUGACACAACGAGCCAGAAGGCCUUUAACGAGUAUGUGGACUACAGCUCUGUCGUCAUGGUGCUGCUGUUUGGGAUCCCGUUCAUUGUCAUCCUGGUGUGUUACUGUCUGAUGGCGCGGGCUUUGUGCCGGCCAAGACGGGGAUUAUCUUCCAUCCAGCAGGGCGCCAGCUCACGCCGGAAGUCCAUCAAGCUCAUCAUCGUUGUGUUGGUGGUGUUUGCAGUCAGCUUCGUCCCAUUCCACAUCACAAGGACCCUCUACUACACCGCCCGCGUGCUGGACCUUAACUGUGAAUUCCUCAACGUCGUCAACUUCACCUACAAAAUCACAAGACCACUGGCGAGUGUCAACAGCUGCAUUGACCCCAUUCUGUAUUUCCUGGCCGGGGAUCAUUACCGCACCAAAAUGAUGUCAGUUCUGACAGGAAGGAGAGAAAUGAAAAGCAGCUCCACACCUGAACAUGUGCAAACUCAGCCGAACAAUAACUGCAACAUAGGUCUAGUCUGUAAGAACUCAUGAUCAAAUUAAAGCCAAGACAGACUGAGGCU